AACAUUCAGCAUGAAUAGAGUUUAACGUCUGAAUACAAAGUGUAUGGGGGUCACAUGAUUGGGUGGAGUAUUAAAUGAGAACAUUUCUGCCUUGCAGAUUCUCAGCUGUAAAUGUGAUCAGUGUCUCGGCGUGUCGUUCCAAAGUUCAGAUGUUUCUGAUCUGCAGCUCAGCAGCAGAUUUCUGGAUCUACCUGCAUAAAACUUAGAGACAACAGAACCUGCAGCUGGUUGACGUACAUGCAUUCUGUAGGACAUGAGUUUGUGUGACUUACAAAGAAGUGCGUUUGCAGUUUUUGUGGGCAGACUGGUGUUAGCCUGAAGCUGGAGCAAACCUGCCUGAGCUCAACCAUGCAGUACUGCAGCACCCGGGGCGGGGUGGGGGGCUGGAGCUUCAGGGAUGUGUUGUUCUCCGGCUACGCUCCGGAUGGGGGCAUGUUCAUGCCGGAAACGCUACCGGUGCUGGACCCCGACGCGCUGAGGAGCUGGAGGGGGCUGUCCUACCCCAGAGUGGUGGUGGAGGUGGCGUCUCUGUUCAUCCCCCCUCAGCUCAUCCCCAGAGACGACCUGGGGGUCCUCGUGGAGGAGGCCCUCUCUGGUUUCUCUGUGCCUGAGGUGGUCCGGGUAGCUAGGCUGAAGGAUGGCCUGACCGUGUUGGAGCUUUUCCACGGAGAAACUCUGGCUUUUAAGGAUCUGGCCAUGAGCUGCACCGUCCACUUUCUCUCCUACUUCCUGAAGAAAGAGAGCCGCAGAGCUGUAGUUGUUGUAGGUACCUCCGGUGAUACUGGGGGCUCGGCCAUCCAGAGUGCCAAAGGCUUGCCUGGUUUGGAUGUGGUGGUGGUUUACCCUCGAGGACGUGUCACCCCGGUGCAGGAGAAGCACAUGACCACAUGCCUGGAGGAUAACGUGCACGUAUUUGCAGCCGAUGGCAGCUCUGACGACAUCGACCAGCCUUUGAGGCGCCUGUUUGCUGACCAGCAGCUGGUGCUGUCUCAUGGGUUAAUGAGCCUCAACUCGGUGAACUGGUCCAGAAUCCUAAUCCAGCUCGCACACUUCGUCUACGCUUACCUGGAGCUCAGUGAAGUGGAGCGGGCUGAGCCGGGGGCGGCUCUGCCAGAGCUGGAGGUCGUUGUUCCCACAGGAGGAGCAGGAAACAUCGCAGCUGCGUUCAUAGUGAAGCAGAUGGGGGUGCCUCUGAGGCUGGUUGCCAUGGUGAACGCCAACGACAUUGUGCACAGGACGGUAACCCGUGGCGAUUUCUCCAUGGCUGAUAAGGUCACGCAGACUUUGGCCACAGCCAUAGACAUCCAGGACCCGUACAACAUGGAGCGAGUGUUCUGGCUCCUGCUGGGCAGAGAUGGCGCCUCUGUCAAAGCCAUGAUGGAGGAGUUCCAGCGUUCACACCGCCACUCGCUGUCAGAGGAGCAGCGCAGACUGCUGUCGGACGUCCUGUCCACGGGGGCGGUGAGCGAUGAGGGCAUCCUGGAGACUAUGAGGAGGUGCUGGGAGGAGAACCUGUACCUCCUGUGUCCUCACACCGCUGUGGCGGUGUGGCAUCACUACCACUGUCCUCACAGCUGGGGGGUCAACAGGUGUUACGUUGCAACGGCAUCCCCAGCCAAGUUCCAGGCGGCGGUACAGAAGGCCGGCCUGCCCUUCAGCCCCCCCGCGGCGCUGCAGGCUUUGGACGGGCUGCCCACCCGCUGCCAGGAGCUGCGGCGCAGCGCCGACUGGAGCAAAGACUGGGAGGACAGACUCCGACGCCACAUCCAGGAUGUUUACGCUGCCAGGAAGAGCAGGUCGGCUCCGCCCCCCUGAACCCCCAGAAUGCCGUGUUGUCAGAAUAACAAACGUGGAACGGACUUAGACAGAUUUAACGAGUAGAGAAAAUCAAAGAAAUGAACAUUUGAUUUGUGAUUUGACCAUGAAGCUGGAUGUUAGAUCGGAAAACGCUCAGUGAUUGUCUGUCAGUGAUGAAGGUGGUCGGUUCACUCUGGUUCUGAUUGAAGCUGCUUUUACCUUCAGCAGACUUUACAGAAACACGAUGAAAUGGAGAAAAACUAGAGGAAGAACUGCAGAAAUGAUUAAACGCAAAGAAACGUGAGGGAGGGAAAAUCCGCUCUGACGGGUUGUGGAGCUGAAAUAAACCGAUUUGUGCUCAAACAAA